AUAAAUAGGGGACGUCUCUGCGCAGCCUAUCGGAUUCUGGGAUGCAAUACGCAUCCAAAUGAAAAGAACGCCAGUCCUCGCACUAAUCCUAGUCUAUCCUUUUUAUCUGGGGACUCAUUGCAGUCUGAUCACUAUGGGACAGCGGAGUGGUGGAGACAAGCCAUGCGGAUGACAGUCCAGUAAAUGACAGAGGAGGUGGAGGGAAAGUGGUCUGGCUCCAGCGGCUGCAGAGUGUCCACGCAUGCAUGUAGGCGCGCUGCGUAAAAGUGGGCCAAAAUGUUCCUCGUCCUGGUCGUGGGGCUCUAUGCGGCCACGGGUGGACUUUUCUCCACGGUGAGCUGCUGCCCGUCUCAGUGCAGCUGUUUUUACCACAACCUGAGUGAUGGAUCCAAGGCCAGGAGUGUGAUUUGCAACGAUCCAGAGAUAUCCUUAGUGCCUGUCGGGUUCCCAGUGGACACGUCCAAGCUCCGCAUCGAGAAGACGGCCAUCCAGCGGAUACCGAGUGAAGCCUUCAACUACCUCUCAAGUCUGGAGUUCCUGUGGAUGUCCUUCAACACACUGUCUGCCCUCAGCGCGGACAGCUUCCGGGGACUCUUCAACCUCGAGGAGCUCCGCCUGGACGGGAACGCGCUCGCCGCCUUCCCCUGGGAGUCACUGACGGACAUGCCCAGUCUGAGACUUCUGGAUUUGCACAACAACCAGCUCACCUCGCUUCCCGCGGAGGCCAACACGCACAUCAGGAACCUUACCUACCUGGACCUGUCCAGCAACAGCCUGCUCACCUUGCCCGCCGCUGUGCUUUCCAACUGGCUGGCGGUGAAGCCGGCGCAAGGCCCAGAGAGCUCCAAGAUGAUCCUGGGUCUCCAUGACAACCCCUGGGUGUGCGACUGCCGCCUCUAUGACCUGAUCCAGUUCCAGAAGUCUCCCACUGUCUCAGUGGCGUUCAUUGACACCAGGCUGCGCUGCUCCGCCCCGGAGAGCGUGUCGGGGGUUUUGUUUAGCGACGCGGAGCUGAGGCGCUGCCAGCUGCCGCAGAUCCACACGGCAGUGGCGCGGGUCCGAAGCGCCGUAGGGAAUAACGUGCUGCUCCGCUGUGGGACGAUCGGGGUCCCCAUUCCUGAUUUGACAUGGCGUAGGGCGGAUAAGCGGGUCCUUAACGGAACAGUCCAGCAGGAAACGUCUAAAGAUGGCAUCACCUGGUCCAUCCUCAGUGUCCCGGCCGUGUCUUACCGUGAUUCUGGGAAGUAUAUCUGCAAGGCUACUAACUACGCCGGGAAUGCAGAGGCAGUCAUUUCUUUAAUCGUGUCGAAUUCACCAAAAUCUGAAGGCAACCAAACCAGCAAUGAAAAGAAAGCCAAAACCAAAAAAUCCAACACAGUGGGAAAAGCUGCCUACCAAGAGAAGCUUGUGGCCAGAUACGUUGCUCCAACAUCUACCCCUGCAUCCGCACCCAUCAGGGAUCCUGGCCUCCCACCUGAACUUCCUGACCCCAGUUUGGACAGUUACAGCCUUUCUGACCGACCGUCCCCUGACCCGGCCACUGACACCCUCCUGGAUCUGGAGAAGACCAACCUCAGCAACCUGGCGGCAAACACCUCUUCCUUGCAGCAGGAUCCAGACAGAGUGGUCCGCUCAGUCAAGGUGGUGGGGGACACAGACAAUACCAUCUCUCUCAACUGGCGGGCUCCCAAAGCGAAGAACACGACAGCCUUUAGUGUGUUGUACGCCGUGUUCGGAGAGAGAGAUAUGAGGAAGAUCAAUGUGGGGGCGGGCCAGAACCGAGUGACCAUCGAAGGGCUUGUGCCUAGGACCAAGUACAUCGCCUGCGUGUGUGUGAGGGGGCUCAUCCCCAAGAAGGAACAGUGUGUCAUUUUUUCCACAGAUGAGGCAGCGAGUGCGACUGGCACACAGAAGCUCAUCAACGUGAUUGUCAUCACGGUAGCUUGCAUCAUCGCAGUGCCCCUCACCGUCAUUGUCUGUUGCGGGGCCUUGAAGAGACGCAUCCAGAAGUACUGGGGGAAAAAAUCUAAGGACAUCCAGGAUUCCUAUGUGACCUUUGAGACAUUGUCGCCCGGGACCAAAGCAAAAGGGCUGGAGGGGGAAUAUUUGAACAGACUCAACCCUGAAGAGUCCAACAGGCUGCUGUCGGCUCGCUCCAGCCUGGACUCUGAGGCCACGGCUAAAAUAGAGGGACAGCCUAACGAGUACUUCUGCUGACGUCAUGCUCCAGCUCCGGCUCCUCCGCCGCGUCACCUCCCUCGCUCUCACCCUCCUCCUCCUCCUCCAUGUCCCAGUCCCAGCCAUCAUGGCCGCUCACAUCCUCAUCUGCAGCCCCACUUCCACCCGCAUCAGUACCCCCAGCACCACACGUAUCCUCACCCGCAGCGGCAUCCUGACGUAAGCCCACCUCAGGGCCACCGCCCACACAUGCCAUGGGAUUCCCCCCCUCCUGUUCCUCCUCGCUGGAUCACACCUCCAACUCCGCCUCCACCCAGAGGCAACUUCUAUCAAAGGACCUUUGCACGCUGCACCAUCAUGGAAAUAUCAGUUUAGGGAAUAUUUCUAGAACAAAGAUGCUCCAUUUUUACAAAAAUCAUAAUAAUCAUUGUCACCUGCAUGGCCCAGCGAAGAAACCUCUGUAGCCUGAUCCGAUUUAAAGGGAACUAAAUACUCACAUUGUUUAUAUGUAUGUGUAUGAUUUGUAAAUACUUUUAUGGACAGUGUACACUUACAUAUAUACAGUCAAGUCUGUGCCUCUGUAUAUAUCUGUCAUAUGUUCUCAGAGGAUACAGUAUAUACACACAGGCAUGGCUCAACACUCUGGUGAACGCAGACAAGCUGGAGCUGGAGAGAAGUACAGAACGGACUGAACUAUGACGCCGUGUAAAUAAAGAUGUGGAUCUAUUUCUAUUCCCACAGCUAUCUCCAUGUAUUUGUUCAUUUGCGCCAUCUAGAGGCAUCACUAUCCCCAGUAAAUGUAU